UUCGGAUUAACUAUGGAAUUCUCUCCACAAACCCUAACGAUAUCAUCCUAUCUUGCGCUUGUACUUUUUCUAGUAGCAAUAGUGUUUGUGAUAUUUCCCGUAGACAUUAAUAUCCCUUAUUCUGAUCGUCUUCCGGUAAUUCCAAUACUUCACUCAAAACAUGACAAAAAAAUAAAAUUUAGAAUAAAUUUGGCUACAUCUCCGUUAAUUGCUAUAGUAAUAUUAUUGGCUACUAGGAGUAUCGGAUUUCAAGUGGUAGUGAGAGGGUUUGUAGGAGAUGAGGGGAUACAACCAUAUAGUAUAAUGAUUUUAUUUUUCGCUUUGGCUUAUAUAUGUAUAUCAUUGGACGUAACAGGCUUUGUAGAAUAUUGUGCAUAUGGGUUUUCAAACAGAAGUGGAAAUAAUGGAAAAAAAUUAUUCACAUAUUUUUAUAUUUUGUUUAAUCUAAUGAGUGCUUUUACUAGUAAUGAUGUAGUUGUAUUGACAGGAACAAUUUUCCUGGUAUAUUUUACCAAGGCUGCAAAUAUUAAGCCUCCAACUGCAUUUUUGAUUUCUGAAUUUGUAGCUGCAAAUAUAGCAUCAAUGACCCUUUACGUAGGUAAUCCUACAAAUGUAAUAGUCGCUCAAGCUUAUGGAAUUUCAUUCUUAACUUACAGUGCUUGGAUGAUUAUUCCAACUAUCGUAUCUAUGAUUCUCGCGUACUUUGCGCUUUACACCAUGUUUCGACAUUCAGGAUUAAUACCAGAUAAAGUAUUUACGGAAAAACUUGAUCCCAGUAGUAAGUUGAAAGAUAGGAAAGGUGCAAUAUUUGGAGUGAUGGUGUUAUGCUGCUGUUUAAUCGCUUUGAUGGGGACUAGUUUCACAUAUAUAAGUGUAUGGGAAGUUACAUUGCCUUUUGCCGCGAUUAUGUUAAUUAGGGAUAUUUACUAUGAUUUGACAAAAAAAGAUAAAGUUAAAAAUAUUGAUUUAAAAAAAAGAAAUGAAGGUUUGAAGGAUAAUAAUAAUAAAGAUCCUUCACAUUUUGAUGAAAAGGAGAAAAUUUCCGAAAGAAAGAGUGAUGAAAAGGAAAAAAUUUCUGACAGGAAGAGUGAUGAAAGCGAACAGAUUAUUGACAUUAAUGAUUUAACAAAUAGUGAAUCUGAUGUAAAUAAUGAAGAUAAUGAAAAAAUUGAAUCUGAGAAAGAAACAACAAAAAAAUUAAUUUCAUUACAAAUCCCACGGCCGAAAAAAAAAUCAUCUGAUAUAGAAAUAUCUCCUCGUAGUGUCUCGCCAGCUUACUACUUAAGCUCUCAAAAGAAAAAGCAGAGUUCAUCGAUGAAUGGAUCUUUUGGUUCGAAUAUAAAACAGGAAAAUGAGAAACCAAUAAUAAUAGGCACUCUGGAACAUGAUUCUGAUGACCCAAUAAUUAAUGGAUUUAAAAAUACUUUACCAACAGUUUAUGAAGUGGUAGAAAGGUUACCAGGAAAUUUAUUGCCAUUUACGUUAGGAAUGUUUAUUCUUGUUGAAGCAUUAUCAUCAUUAGGUUGGAUCUCUAUAUUUGCAAAAGCAAUCAUAAUCCUAACACCCACUUAUCCAAUUGCAGUCAUAUCUAUUGCUGCCAUAUCAAUUAUCCUGUGCAAUUUUUUAAACAAUUUGCCAAUGACUGUAUUACUAAGUCGAGUAUUACAGGAUGCUAAUUUUGACAAGGAUCCACAUGUAACACCUGCAAUAAGACAAGGAUGUAUUUACGCGUUAAUUAUUGGAAGUAAUAUAGGUGCUUGUUUUACAAUUGUAGGUGCUUUGGCUGGACUGAUGUGGGAUAAAAUAUUAAGAGACAAAGGUGAAAAAAUUGGAUAUUGGCAGUUUGUAAGAUGGAAUCUUGGAGUUUUGCCAGUGAUUGCAGUUGGAGCAUGUGGGGUUUUGAUAAUGGAACUUUGGAUAUAUUAUGAUAAGUUGAAUCAUUAA